AUGGAGCCGUUAACUAAUAGGGAGGUACAGACUGCAACGGAACUACCAUCACAGGAAAUGGAAGCGCAUCAUCGAACACAGGAUUUUGAACAAACAUAUGGAUAUAUGCUGAUAACUUACGCUUAUACCAGCUGCUGUACAGCUAUGCUACUCAUGGCAACACAAAUAGAUUUCACGACACUAUUGAAAAGAAGCUUUAGGAUCCCAAUGCUAGCGUUCACUGUGAGCUCUAGCCAUGCCGAACUAGCAGCCGAGAUCUUACAACAACACAAGCCCCUUUUGUUAGAGAAAAACUUUGAAGGCGACACCGCGCUCCACAUUGCGGCCAAAUCAGGGGAUAUAGAUACGACAACAAACACUCUUCUCCACAAAGCACGGGGAAUAACAGACAUUGAAAAUAAUGGUGAUGUAUUGACCUUGCUGAGGAUGAAAAAUAAUGAGGAAAACACUACCCUACACGAGUCUCUGAUUCGAGGUCACCAAUCAGUAGCCAAGUGUUUGAUAGAGGCUGAUCCUGCCGUUUCACUUUACACUAAUAAGGAACAAAAGUCCCCUCUGUACCUAGCCACUGAAAAAGGGCUUGUUGAGAUAGUGAAGCUAAUAAAAGAAAAAGCAGUUGAGAAGAACACAAAAAUUCAAGGCAAGUCCCCGUUGUUUGCUGCAAUUCUAGGCCGCUAA